CCCCCGGAAGACCCGGCCGAGAUGCUGGCGGAAAACCUCGUGGAGGAGUUUGAGAUGAAGGAGGACGAGCCGUGGUACGACCACCAGGACCUCCAGCAAGAUCUCCAGCUUGCUGCUGAACUUGGGAAGACGUUACUUGAUCGGAACACAGAGUUGGAGGAGUCUCUUCAGCAGAUGUAUACAACCAAUCAGGAGCAGUUACAGGAAAUUGAGUAUCUGACCAAGCAGGUGGAGCUUCUACGGCAGAUGAAUGAACAGCAUGCAAAGGUUUAUGAGCAAUUAGACAUCACAGCAAGGGAGCUAGAAGAAACAAAUCAAAAGCUGGUUGCUGACAGCAAGGCCUCACAGCAAAAGAUUCUGAGCCUGACUGAAACAAUUGAAUGUCUGCAAACCAACAUUGAUCACCUCCAGAGCCAAGUGGAGGAGUUGAAGUUGUCUGGCCGAGGGAGAAGGAACCCAGGAAAGUGUGACCGGGAGAAACCCACACCCAGCUUCUCAUGUCUUAAAGAGCUGUAUGACCUCCGCCAACACUUUGUGUAUGAUCAUGUAUUUGCUGAGAAGAUCACAUCCUUGCAAAGUCAGCGAAGCCCUGAUGAAGAAGAAAAUGAGCACUUGAAAAAAACAGUGACAAUGUUGCAGGCCCAGCUGAGCCUGGAGCGGCAGAAGCGGGUGACCAUGGAGGAGGAAUAUGGGCUCGUGUUGAAGGAGAACAGUGAACUGGAACAGCAGCUGGGGGCCACAGAUGCCUACCGAGCACGGGCGCUGGAAUUGGAGGCCGAGGUGGCCGAGAUGCGACAGAUGUUGCAGUCAGAGCACCCGUUUUUGAAUGGGGUAGAGAAGCUGGUGCCAGACUCUCUAUUUAUUCCUUUCAAAGAACCCAGCCAGAGCUUGCUGGAAGAGAUGUUCCUGGCUGUGCCGGAACCACACAGGAAGCCUCUCAAGCGCAGUAGCAGUGAGACGAUCCUAAGCAGCUUGGUGGGGGGUGACAUAGUGAAGGGCCACGAGGAGACCUGCAUCAGGAGGGCCAAGGCUGUGAAGCAGAGGGGCAUCUCCCUUCUGCAUGAGGUGGACACUCAGUACAGUGCCCUGAAGGUGAAGUAUGAAGAGCUGCUGAAGAAGUGCCAGCAGGAACAGGACUCCCUGUCACACAAGGCUGUGCAGACCUCCAGGGCUUCAACCAAGGACCUGACUGGAGUGAACGCCCAAUUGGAGCCCGCCCCCAGCCGCUGGGAGCUUUCCUCUGUCAACCCAGAGCCUGUCGAUUCCCCUACCACCACACCUCCAGAAUACAAAGCGCUGUUUAAGGAGAUCUUUAGUUGCAUCAAGAAAACUAAGCAGGAAAUAGAUGAACAGAGAACCAAAUACCAAUCACUUUCUUCACAUUCUUAACUGAACCUCUAGCUCUACUACUAAUUUGUCUAUUUCCUAUCUCCUCUAUCCCAUUCUGGCAAGUGUUUGUGGAUUCCAGAGCCUGAUAUUGCUGGUAAUAGUUGCCUCAUUGUUUUGCUUGUCUAACAAAUACAUACCUUGAGGAAAUGAGUUGGCUACUGGUGUCAAUUCUAUGAUCCAGUUCCAUUUAAACUCCUCAGGAAAUCCCAUGACAAGCUGGCCUCUGGCUGGUACACUGAUCAGACUGCAAUUCCUGGAAAAGAACCAAUGGAGGGACGAUGUAUACUUUUGGAGAAGUAGGCCUGGAUUUACUAUAGCAUAUGGGAGGAAAGGGCAGGUUGGAACAAAGCUAAGACAUUGCCUGUUGCUUCCUUGCCCAAUUUCUCAAAACUGUAAAGUCAGAGGGCUGUCAGACUGAACUAUUUUUUGCAAACACUAUUGGAUACUGUGAAAUUAUUAAGGAGAAUGUUCAGGAGAAAGCAGAGUUAUAAUCCAAAAUAAAUGGCGUUAACAAUUUUCUAAACCCUUGAGUUUUGUUGACAUCCGAUACUAGUUGAACUGUGACUGACAGGUAAUCCUAAUAUAUCUGAAUCGACCUGAAUACCAAGUUGAAAUGACAAAUUUUGAUUUGAUCAAAGUUAGCUUGUUAGCAUACACCCUGGAGGGCCUCUACUCCCACAUUCGAAUGUCUUCACUCAAAGCUUUAGCCUUUAGGUGUAAGUGAACAUGUAACUAAACCUUCAUUGCUUUCUGAAAUUCAAACUAAGGGGAAAAGAUCACACCCCUUCCUCUCCUACAUGUAGUCUGAGCUGGCUAACUUGCCAGCCGCAAGCUGCUCUUGCUCAAUUCUUAACCAUUCCUGUAAAUGUUUUGACUUGUUACAGAAAUUCCUGUCUACUACUUUGUUAAGCAGUAUUGAUGUUCUGACUGUGGAAAUAUGCUUAUCCUUUCACUUGGAUACUUUUAAUUUAAAUUUAAAACUAUUUAAGAACUGAAGUUCUGCUUAUUGUAUAUAUUUUUCUAAAACCAAAUAAAGCUACUUAGGAAAAUAAA